CCCGGCGAAGCUGUCGCGGACGCGCUGACCGAGCGCAGCGGCCGGGCCGGCGGGCGGGCGGGCGGCUGCGAGCAUGGUCCUGGUGCUGCACCACAUCCUCAUCGCUGUUGUCCAAUUCCUCAGGCGGGGCCAGCAGGUCUUCCUCAAGCCGGACGAGCCGCCGCCGCCGCCAUGCGCCGACAGGCUGCAGGACGCGUUGCUGAGCCUGGGCUCUGUCAUCGACGUUGCGGGCUUGCACCGGGCUGUCAAGGAGGCCCUCUCAGCGGUGCUUCCCAGAGUGGAGACUGUCUAUACCUACCUGCUGGACAGAGAGUCCCGGCUGGUGUGUGAGGACCCUCCCCACGAGCUGCCCCAGGAGGGGAAAGUCCGAGAGGCUCUGAUCUCCCGGAAGCGGCUGGGCUGCAAUGGACUGGGCCCCUCGGACCUGCCCGGGAAGCCUUUGGCCAAGUUGGUGGCCCCACUGGCUCCGGACACCCAAGUGCUGGUCACGCCGCUGGUGGACAAGGAGGCUGGGGCUGUGGCAGCGGUCAUCUUGGUGCACUGUGGCCAACUGAGUGAAAAUGAGGAGCGGAGCCUCCAAGCCGUGGAGAAGCACACCCUGGUGGCCCUGCGACGGGUGCAGGCGCUGCAGCAGCGCGGGCCCGGACUGACCCCCGAAGCUGUCCAGAACCCCCCGGCGGGAGACCACGAGGGCGGGGUUGCAUACACCCACCAGGACCGAAAGAUCCUGCAACUGUGCGGGGAACUCUACGACCUGGAUGCCUCUUCGCUGCAGCUCAAAGUCCUCCAAUACCUGCAGCAGGAGACUCAGGCAUCCUGCUGCUGCCUCCUGCUGGUGUCCGAGGACAAUCUCCAGCUGUCCUGUAAGGUCAUCGGAGAUAAAGUGCUGGGGGAAGAGAUCAGCUUUCCGUUGACCAUGGGACGCCUGGGCAAGGUGGUGGAAGACAAGGAAUCUAUCCAGCGGAAAGAUCUCACCUCAGAGGAUGUGCAGCAGCUACAAAGCAUGAUAGGCUGUGAGCUGCAGACCAUGCUGUGUGUCCCCGUCAUCAGCCGGGCCACAGACCAGGUGGUGGCCUUGGCCUGUGCCUUCAACAAGCUCGGAGGAGACUUAUUCACGGACCAGGACAAGCAUGUGAUCGAGCACUGCUUUCACUACACCAGCACGGUGCUCACCAGCACCCUGGCAUUCCAGAAGGAGCAGAAGCUCAAGUGUGAGUGCCAGGCUCUUCUCCAAGUGGCAAAGAACCUCUUCACUCACCUAGAUGAUGUCUCUGUCCUGCUCCAGGAGAUCAUCACAGAGGCCAGAAACCUCAGCAAUGCUGAGAUUUGCUCCGUGUUCCUGCUGGACCAGAAUGAGCUGGUCGCCAAGGUGUUCGACGGGGGCGUGGUGGAGGACGAGAGCUAUGAGAUCCGCAUCCCCGCUGACCAGGGCAUAGCGGGCCACGUGGCGACUACGGGCCAGAUCCUGAACAUCCCGGAUGCAUACGCACACCCGCUUUUCUAUCGUGGUGUGGACGACAGCACCGGUUUCCGCACGCGCAACAUCCUCUGCUUCCCCAUCAAAAAUGAGAAUCAGGAGGUCAUCGGUGUGGCCGAGCUGGUGAACAAGAUCAACGGACCAUGGUUCAGCAAGUUCGACGAGGACCUGGCCACGGCCUUCUCCAUCUACUGCGGCAUCAGCAUCGCCCAUUCUCUCCUUUACAAGAAAGUGAAUGAGGCCCAAUAUCGCAGCCACCUUGCCAAUGAGAUGAUGAUGUACCACAUGAAGGUCUCUGAUGACGAAUACACCAAACUUCUCCAUGACGGGAUCCAGCCUGUGGCCUCCAUUGACUCCAACUUCGCCAGUUUCACCUACACCCCUCGCUCUCUUCCUGAGGAUGACACUUCCAUGGCCGUCCUGAGCAUGCUGCAGGACAUGAAUUUCAUCAACAGCUACAAAAUUGACUGCCCGACCCUGGCCCGGUUCUGCCUGAUGGUGAAGAAGGGCUACCGGGACCCACCCUACCACAACUGGAUGCACGCCUUCUCUGUCUCUCACUUCUGCUACCUGCUCUACAAGAACCUGGAGCUCACCAACUACCUCGAGGACAUGGAGAUCUUUGCCUUGUUUAUUUCCUGCAUGUGCCACGACCUGGACCACAGAGGCACCAACAAUUCUUUCCAGGUGGCCUCGAAAUCUGUGCUGGCUGCGCUCUACAGCUCUGAAGGCUCUGUCAUGGAGAGACACCACUUCGCUCAGGCCAUCGCCAUUCUCAACACCCAUGGUUGCAACAUCUUCGACCACUUCUCCCGGAAGGACUAUCAGCGCAUGCUAGACCUGAUGCGCGACAUCAUCUUGGCUACGGACCUGGCCCACCACCUGCGCAUCUUCAAGGACCUCCAGAAGAUGGCUGAAGUGGGCUAUGAUCGAACCAAUAAGCAACACCACAGCCUCCUUCUCUGCCUCCUUAUGACUUCCUGUGACCUCUCUGACCAGACCAAGGGCUGGAAGACCACAAGGAAGAUUGCGGAGCUGAUCUACAAAGAGUUCUUCUCCCAGGGAGACUUGGAGAAGGCCAUGGGCAACAGGCCGAUGGAGAUGAUGGACCGUGAGAAGGCCUACAUCCCUGAGCUGCAGAUCAGCUUCAUGGAACACAUCGCGAUGCCCAUCUACAAGCUGCUGCAGGACCUGUUCCCCAAAGCGGCAGAGCUGUACGAACGUGUGGCAUCUAACCGUGAGCACUGGACCAAGGUGUCUCACAAGUUCACCAUCCGAGGCCUCCCGAGCAACAACUCGCUGGACUUCCUGGACGAGGAGUACGAGGUGCCUGAGCUAGACGGCGCUGGGGGCCCUGUCAAUGGCUGCUGCAGCCUCGACGCGGAGUGACCACUCCCGGAUCCUUUCCCACCCAGGCCUCCUGCUACAGUCCUCCACUGGCCUGACCAGAUGACCUGUGAGCAGAGCCAUGGGUCCUGGGUUCUAGGGCAGAACUUCCUGGGUGACCUGGGCAAGUAUUGACUUUCCAGGCCUCAGCGUUCUCAUCUGUAUAAUGGAAGCAAGACGUGCAGCCUCACCAAAACUUUGUCACUGGUCCUCUGAGAGUACAGGGGUGACCCAUGAGUUGUGGGCCCUGCUCUGCACCUCUGACCGCAGCUUGGCAAGUCCUCCUCAAGCCACUCCUUCCUGAGGCAGCCUGGCUGGCUGCUCCUGGGCGCCGGCCCUGCCAGCCAGAUCUGGGCCCUUUUCCCCUCUCCAGGAUCCUCAUGCAAGGAAGAAGGUGGGACAUCUCAGUGAGCAGGGGUGAGGGGGCUGAGAAUCUGUCAUUAGCACUGCUGGAGAAAUAGAAAUAGCCACCGGGCCACAGGUGCUCUGGGUCCGCCACUGUAUUUAUGGUGAGGAUGGGGACCUAGGAGCGACUGAUGCAGGGGCUCAGUGCUCCCGGGGAAAAAAGCAGGAUGGAGUGACGAGCAGGAAGGACCCCUGGGCUUGAAGACUGGCCCCUUGCUGUGUGACCCUGGGCAAGCCCCUUUUCCUAUCUGGUUGGAACAGGAGGUGACACAAUCUGUUCUCUGAGAGCCCUUUUAGAUCCCAGUCCCCAUAGCUCUUUGCAGUCCUAGGAGAGGCCAUGGAAUGCCCCUGACAGCCCAGGGCAGAUAGCUGACCCCGAGUCCCUCAGUGGCCCCCUGAGUGAACCCCCUUAGCCUGAGUCCCUCCACCAUUCCUGCAGCCAGAGAAGAACCCGGUCUCAGCCCUGGCAGGGUGUCUCUCCUCUUCAAGGCCAUAUCUACCCAUGCCCCAGGGCUUGGGAGACCCCAUAGGGCAGGGCCUCUUGGGUCAGUCCUGGCAGCUUCUCCCUUCCUUUGUUGUGUAUGUGUUGUGGGGUGGGGGGAGGGGGGCCACCUGCCUUACCUAUUCGGAGUUGCCUUUAGAGAGAUGUGUUUUUUAGGACUCUGUGGAACUGUUGUAUAUGGUCCCAUGGGCUGACCGCUUUGUACAUGAGAAUAAAUCUAUUUCUUUCUACCAA